AUGUCAAUCGAGGUCUAUGCCCACGAACUAAAAGCUGCUCUUCAUCAGUACCCUAACUUCCCCACAAAGGGAAUUUUAUACGAGGAUUUUCUUCCCAUCUUUAGAAGUCCUGAUCUCUUCCAAAAGCUGAUCGAUGCCUUUAAGAUGCACCUGCAAGAGACCUUUUCUGAAAGUAAAAUUGACUACAUUAUUGGUCUAGAAUCUAGAGGAUUCUUGUUUGGCCCCUCUAUUGCUCUUGCUUUAGGUGUUGGAUUCGUUCCAGUAAGGAAAGCUGGUAAAUUGCCUGGUGAGUUGGUCAGAGCCGUUUACGAAAAGGAAUACGGUUCCGAUGUUUUUGAAAUGCAAAAGGAAGCCAUUGCAGCUAAUUCAAAUGUGGUUAUCAUUGAUGACAUUAUCGCCACUGGUGGCUCUGCCGCAGCUGCAGGUGACUUAGUCAGACAAGUUGGUGCAAACGUUUUGGAAUACGAUUUCGUUAUGGAGUUGGAUUUCUUGAAAGGUAGAGAAAAAUUGGGUGCUCCAUUGUUCACACUAUUAAAUGCCCAAAAAGAAGCCUUAAAACAUUAA